CAAGUGUCACAGGCAAAGUUCCAUCCCUAGCAGUAUUUGACAAGUCGGCCCAAAAGAAAAAUAAAAAUGAGUGCGAUUUCUAAUGAAGACAUUAUUUGGACCAUAAAGAACGGAGAGUUCGAUGCUGUGCAAGACGCUUUUCAGAAUGAUGCACAAAAGGUGAAUGAGGAAAUCAAGGGCCGUUUUCCAGUACACUAUGCAGCAGAUUUUGGACAACUGAAUGUCCUGGAGUUUCUUAUAAGCUUAGGAGCAGACAUAAAUAGAAAGGACAAACAUGGUAUUACCCCCAUUCUGGCUGCCAUUUGGGAAGGACAUACGAGCUGUGUGGAAUUACUUCUAAAAAUGGGAGCUGAUAAAAAUGGUUCUACUCCAGAUGGCCAAAGCUACCUCGAGGCGGCGGAAAAAGACGAGAUUAAGAAACUCCUUGCAUAAUAUGUACAUGUCAUUUUAGGAUACAAACCUUAUGUUUCAGUAUCAAGUACACUUUUAAAUACAGUCGUGUAUAGCUUUUAAAAAUGUCAACUAUUUAUUUCGAUGCUUUGGAAAAAUUGAUACAAAAAUAUUCCACUUUUAUAUAAAC